UCAUGGACCCAGAGGAAGUUGCUCAGUUUUGGCAGGACAUAGGAAACCAAUGGCACCCAGAAACGGCUCCACGUGUUGUCUGGGAUGAGCUGCUGGUCAUCGCGAACUCGACGUCAGCGCAACUUCCCGCUGCCACGGCUGCUGCAGCACCGGGCGGUAGGAUAGCGCUACUGUCAACACGGGGCAACAGGGCCGCAGCCCCUACCCGAGAUCAACAACCUUGCGGAAAGGCAGAACGUUGCGCAGCAGCACCCCAGUUUCUGCGGGUACCAUCACUCUCGCUGCAUCGGGGCGGUCGACUUUGCCAAGGCAGCCGAGAGGAGCUCGGGAGGGGCGGUCACAACGAAGCGUUUACGGAAUCAAGUGAGUCGCGAAAGUGUGAACCCCAAGUCUGCGAGAGCGAAGUCAUGACCACACGAAGUGAAAAGGAGAGAGGGAUAAGCGACGCUUCGUUCGACACGAGCAUUCAGAUGAAUGCAAGGGGUCGCGGCGUGCAGAUCACGAGGAGCGACUGCUUCACGGAGGCGUGCCCCGCGGUGUGGGUGGGGGAUGAACCCGUGCCAGCGGCCAUUGCGGACGCACUCCUGUCGUGAUAUUUGAUGGUGUGCGAUAGGCUGCUCAUGGGACGUGAGGGAUGGGGUGUGUGCUGGACGAUAUCUCACUCACUAGAAUUUGGAAGAAUUGCGCCGAUAUGCAUGUA